GCUGCCGUGCCUUGUUUCGUUUUCAGUGCGAUCGCAGACAUUGUGCAAAACGAACGGUUCUCCGCUCUCCGUGAAGUGAUCGUGUUGCUGUUGCUGUUUCUGAGGGAGUGCACUGAAAGAAGCCGGGGAAAUUGUGUCAAAUCAAUUGGAAGCGGAGCCCAGAGUCGCGUCACAAGUCUCCACCGAGUGGCAAGCAUUUGAGGCAGCUUUAUCAAUUUCGGGCGUUUCUUCGGAGGCUCGACACAUAUACACACACACACGCAUCAUCAAUCGCCAAUCGGAACGAGAUCCACAGCGAGGGUCGCUUCAACCAUGGAUAGCGUCAAGUCUUUCUUCGCCAGCUCCACCAAAGAUGGAAACCUGACCAACAGCAGCCGUCAGUCUAGUGUGGCUGGGAAUGCCGCCAGCAGCCGCUGGGGACGCAGCUGGAGCACCAGCUCCCAGCAAACAGACCCGGAACCCGGUUCCGGAUCCAACCCUGGGGCCAGCAAGAGCGGAAAUCCCUGCGAUGUGAAGCGCAAGGACAGUGAUAACUACUUUUACAUCAUGUGGCGCGCUUGAAGAUUACCAGACGAGUGUGGAUCUGAGCAGCAGUGUACGCCGCCAGCAUAGCCAUUUCGUCGUUGUCGUGAUCCAUAUAUAUCUAAAGUGACCUGCAGAAAUAUCUGUAACCCUAUUAGGAACAUCGGAGCGCUAGCUGCAACAAUAUAGCCUUUUGCCUUGUUGCACCUUUAUCUCCAUUGGCGGCCGAGUCCGGUGUUUAGUGAUACUAGUUAUUUAAUUACACUUUUACACAAAACAUUCAUUUACCUCUAUCCCAUACGUAUCGUCCGAUCGAUCCCAUCUCCGCCUAUAUGGACGUCCUAACCAUCCUGGGCUUGGUCUACUGGCUGAUCUGCAUGAUUUUGUUCGGCCCGUUGAUGUUCUUUGUCUGCGUUUACCUGCCCGAGGUUCCGGUGCGAUAUGUUAAAAGUCUGAGGCAGCAGACCUGAGUGCCUUCGAUACAAACUUGACCACUAAUUAGCCAAGUCCGUAGUACAUAGAUUAAUCAAGCCAUAGUUGACAUGAUAUUGAUGUACAAUCGAUCUAUUUGUAAUAAAACUUCUCAAAAAUGCAUUCAAAUUAAA